CGUCCCAAGGAUGAGGCCUCGCCUCCUAUGCCGCGAGAUGAGCUCUUGUCUAGUGCGGUGAGGUUCGGCAUGCUUGCCACAUGAUUGACCGCCAGCGUGUGCAUGUUUAGACGAAUGCUGGUUUGAAGUCACUCUUAAGUCGGGAGGCAUCCCACUUUCCUUGCGUCCCUACUUUUGCAAAGUUCACAGUCUCGCAUCUACUCUUAACCCUUCCUGCUCCCGCCAAAAAUCCCGGGCAAGCCGCCAUACACACUCUCUCCCGAGGCACACAAGGAGACACACCAUGGCCUCCGUCCAAACCCAGACAAUGUCUGCCCCCCACACGUUCACAACCGUGCUACGCGGGCACAGCACCACACCAAUCCAAAAACCCAGCACACGCUCCACGCGAGCCUCCAAGCCGUUGCUGGCCUACAGCCCCAACAUCGCCCCCGCGCACCCCGACAUCAACAUGACCCUGCUCCGGAACAAGCUCAUCCUCACGUGCCGGAAUUACAUUGCCAAGCCCCUUCUGCACGAAGCUGUAGCGGACGGGAUCUGGUCCUCAGCAUCGCGGUGGAUCACACCCGCCUCACAAGUCGCCAGCAAGUACGGGAAGCGGAAGAGAUACUACGUGCUGCACACCGACACAUUCACGUUUCAGCCCGUCAGUUCCGCAUGGGAGGCGCGGAUCGUGGCGGACAGCGCACCGAUCGACGCAGGGAACGGCGUCGUCAUCUUUGUCAAGGAGCGGAAAGAGUGGGCUGCGUUUAUGCGUGGCUACAGAAGACAAGGGAAGCGUGGCGCAGGCCAGCUUCUCAAGGAGAAGCAGCAAAGUGUCGAGCGGGGCUGGAAAGACGAGUGGAAGAGGAAGUGUGGGCUAGGCGGUGAGGGCGAGUCGCCGGGGAAGGGAAACGCGAAGAGGGAGGUCAAUGCGGGGCCAAUGUGGGUACUUGUCAAGAGCGCCGUUGGUAGGAUCGUAAAGGGCGAGGCCUAGGGACAACGGUUCUGCUUUUCUUACCGGGACGAGCUGUAUGUUCGCAGCGCGGGCCUGGCUUUUGCACUGGGCAGGUAAUUUGCAUGGUCGGCGUUAUUCAGGAUUCGCCGGCGGUUUUCGAGGCGAGGCUACGAUCUUACGA